GAAGUGUGUCAUCGUGUGUCGGCCGCCGUUUCUCCCCGAGCAUGCUGGGCUCCUCAGCACACACAUAACGCCCCGAGGACCGGCGUCGCUCCGCGGCUCCAGCAGGACGCCAACCUGGACUAGUUCACGCUUUUCUUUAUUCUGAUCCACUACAUAAGACGCUUUUUUUCCCUUCCCUCUACAAGGGUUUCCUUUCUUCAACUUCAUAAAAGGGGGUAACCAUAGACUACUACACGCUCUGACGUCCGCAGCAGCGAUUUUUUCAUGUGCAUAUUGUUUUUCUUCUCUCCAGCAGUCGCGCUCGCGCUCGCACAAACCAGCCCCGUCCCUCCUGCAGCCAUUACGCGGAGACGCUGCUCUACAUUUCCGUGGGCUUUUUGUUUGUUUGUUUGUUUGUUUGUUUUUUAUCCACCGCACCCCCUAAAUCUCCAACAUCUUUCAGAGCUGAGGGAGGAAAAGACAGCAUCCCUGAAGCCUCACAGUGUGGAGCGCAUCACCGGAACCAUGGCUCGUCCGCAGACUCGGACCCGGAUUUCAUUCAUCUGAGUGACCACAACACGCCACUUUCUUUCUUUCUUUCUUUCAUUCUUUCAUUCUUUCUUUCUUUUUUUAUUUUUCGCUAUUUUUCGGCUUAGGAAGACCUUUUCUCGUCACUUCUGAAUUCCAGUCAGAUGUAAUCAUGGUGUGUGAUGUGCUGUUGGUCGAGCGGCUCAGUGACCUGUUCGGAUUUCCAUAACCGGGGAAAACACUUUGGGACCGAAUACGAGCUUUUUAAAUACCCCACUUCUCUGCUCUUUUUUUUUUUUUUUUCUUUUCUUUUUUUUUUUUUUUUUGCAGAGCAAUCACACACACACAUGUGAUCCAGUGGGUCUGAUUUGAGCGAUUGAUUUGGCCCGUUUUCUUUCCCUUUCCGUUCUCUGGGUUGGAUUUUUUCUUCUCUUCUCGUUUUGGACCACAGGCACUUGGAUUACUGAAGGUGUACAUAUAUAUAUAUAUAUAAACGGAUUUGUGGAAAUGUUGGGUCCUCACCAAGAAAAAAUAUGUGGAAUUGUCUCUGCUCUGACAGUGUUGUCGUCUGUCUGCUUUGUACAAUGCAAUUCUGCUGGAUCUGGAAUAUCUGUGGCCAAAUCGACAGUGGACAAACUGUUGAGGGGGUAUGACAUCCGUCUCCGGCCGGAUUUUGGAGGUCCCCCAGUCAUUGUGGGAAUGAGCAUAAAUAUCGCCAGCAUUGACUCCAUCUCAGAAGUCAACAUGGACUACACCAUCACGAUGUAUUUCCAGCAGAGCUGGCGGGACAAGCGGCUGGCGUACGCAGAGAUGGCACUCAAUCUGACCCUCGACAACCGCGUGGCUGAUCAGCUAUGGCUACCUGACACCUAUUUCCUGAACGACAAGAAGUCCUUCCUGCACGGGGUGACCGUCAAGAACCGCAUGAUCCGGCUCCACCCUGAUGGCACGGUGCUCUACGGACUGAGAAUAACCACAACGGCUGCAUGCAUGAUGGACCUGAGGAGAUACCCCCUGGACGAACAGAACUGUACCCUGGAGAUUGAGAGCUACGGAUACACCACAGACGACAUCGUGUUCUUCUGGCAAGGAGGGGACAAUGCUGUGACGGGAGUGGACAAACUGGAGCUGCCACAAUUCUCCAUCGUGGAGCUGCGUCUUGUGUCCAGAGAAGUGAGGUUCACAACAGGCUCGUAUCCUCGGCUGUCGCUGAGUUUUCGCAUCAAGAGGAAUAUAGGCUACUUCAUCCUGCAGACCUACAUGCCCUCGAUCCUCAUCACCAUCCUUUCCUGGGUGUCCUUUUGGAUCAACUAUGACGCCUCUGCUGCUAGGGUGGCACUCGGGGUCACUACGGUACUCACUAUGACAACCAUUAACACCCACCUGCGGGAGACCCUCCCAAAGAUCCCCUAUGUGAAAGCCAUUGAUGUCUACCUCAUGGGCUGCUUCGUUUUCGUGUUCCUGGCCCUUCUUGAAUAUGCCUUCGUCAACUACGUGUUUUUCGGACGAGGACCCCAGCAGCAAAAGAAAAUCAACGAGCGCCUCAACAAAGCUAACAACGAACGCCCGCGUUAUGAGGACAAACGCCUGCGAGAACAGGACUCCAUUUCAGCGCCGUUUCAAACCAACACCCUCAGGUCAUACACACAGCGAAGAAAUCUGUAUCUCGAAGAACAAAGAAAAGUUGGGGUGGACGCUUAUGGCAACAUCCUGCUCACCACCCUGGAGAUGAACAAUGAGGUGAUGCCGUCAGACGUGGGCAGCAGCGUAAGUGACUCGCGCAACUCCGUCAUGUCGUUUGACAGCUCGGGCGUGCAAUUUCGUAAGCCUGUUGGUUCCUCACGCGACGGCUUUGGCCAUCACUCACUGGAGCGCGGUGCCAUGCGCAGCCGCGCCAACUGCCGUCUGCGGAGGCGCUCGUCCAAGCUCAAGCUCAAAAUCCCCAACCUGACGGAUGUAAGCACCAUUGACAAGUGGUCGCGCGUGAUUUUCCCCAUCACGUUUGGAUUCUUCAACCUCAUCUACUGGUUGUACUACGUGAAUUGACACACACGUCCUCCCAGGAAACAUGGGCCAUAUUUUGAGAGCACACACUGAAUUGGCUUUGAUACAAUUGGAAAAUAUGUAUACACAUAUAGGAAAAGUUCAUACAUAUGUAUAUGCAUAUUUCUAUAUCUUAUAUUUCUAUACACACAAUGCGGAAAGGACUUUUCUGAUGUAAAAAAAAAAGUAUUAUAUAGAUUGACUUGAAUGUUUAAGAAUCAUGUGAGACAAAUAUUUCUUUUACUUCUGAAAACUAACAAACAUACGAACAAGAAAAAAAAUCCUCCUGAGGGUUUGGAACUAAGGACUGCAUGAUAUUUUUGCUAAAAGAAAGAUUGCAAGAUAUACAGAAAAGGAUACGCCAGAGCAUCCUCAUUUGGCUUUUUAUUGAUACAUACUGCAAUCAGACUUUCCCAACUGCAGCUCAUGAAAUCAGUCAUGGCUCGUAUGCUUUCGGGCACAGACCAGGCAGAACACAUUCCCUCAGUCCUCAAUCCUCCAUACAGUGCGCCUCCUUUCCUCCAGUCCCUCAUGGAAGGGACACACAAUUUCUCCCCCCUCUGAUUCUAUGCUGUACAGCAACCUCCUCCUUUGGAUUAUGUGUUGUUUCCUUGAUUUUUUUGUGAGAGACCUUUCUCUUUCCUAGGUAUAAAGCUCUGGUCAUUGGUUUACACUGGACGGCCAUCCCGCGUUUAAAAAAAAACCCACAAGCCCCGUCCAGAGUCUUCUUUUUCGUUUUUCCUCUUAAUUCCAUUUUCGUGAGCCUUGGGAAUUACUUUCAUUUUGGUUGUAAGGAUUCUGACUACUCUGGUUGCUAUUAUUUUGUCUUUGGAAAAAUAAUAUGUUCUGGGGAGAGCAGUUAAUUAAGCAUAGAGUUAUAGAGUUAGCGCAUUGCUAGAUAAUGAGCCACCUAUAUGCAUUGUUCACUUUUGUUUUUGUUUUGUUCUGUUUUGAGAAAAAGGAAAACAGCAUCAAGUGUACAUUUACUCAAUAUCCUCAUCGAAUAUGGUUAGGUAGUAUAACUGUACUCAUACUUUAUUCUUGUUCCUAGUGAUAUUCAUCUGUUUUGUAGAUAAAGUACUCAUCAUCAUCAUCGACUUUGUGUUGUGUGAGGAUGUGAAAAAGGGACCGUGGUGAGCUACAGUUGUUUGUCUGAGCUUGGUUUUGAAGUUAGUCCAUCCACUAUAUGAAGUUGUAUUUAAAAAAGAAAAGAAUAAUGUGUAUUAAAACAGAACAGAUGGUCAUUGUUUUAAAAUCUGCUAAAUAUUUAAGUGAUCAGCCCAUUGUGUGACCUGAUAUUGUAUGUGAUAACGCACUCAUCUUUAAUGACCCAUUCCGAGAACAAUUCAUUAUGUUUUAGGUUUUUUUUUUUCUUUUUUUUUUUUUUUUUUUGGUUCCUCUAAAAUGUGCCUGUCUGCAACCUGAAGUAGGUGUCCUCAAUCGAUCACUGAAGUAAAAGAGGGCUAAAUGGCGCUCAAUCUUUGACCUGCAGACCCACCCACAGCCCUGAUGUUACACAUCUUAGGAUUCAAUCCCAAAGACUGAUGACAUCAGCAUGAUCAGGAAAAAAAAAAAGAGCUUCUGAGUCUUAAUGGGGCAAAAUAA